UAUCUAUGUUGAAUUGAAUUUAAUUACAAGCCGGCCGUACACGUCUGGCAACUACGUCCUUGCUUCAACCGGUGACUGUAUCCCGUGUGUUUAUUUGUUUUUGUUUACAAAUUUCGUGUUUUUACUGUUAAGUUAGUUAUUUUAUGUGUUCCUGGUAGCAUCGGUCACAAUGUCUUCAAGUGUGUGGCAUACCGUAACAGAACCUUCAAAUGAUCUGCAGCCCUCGUGUUCCACCCCAGAUAACCACGCUCCAAUAAGUCCAACUUUACCACCAUCGAGCACUUGUACUAGAUAUCGACCUAGAGGUUCUCUAGCUCGUGCCCUACACGAGAAGGUUCUUCAAGAUCAAUAUUUGAAUAGACUUGACAAAAAUGAGUGGUACUAUGUGGAUCUAACCAAACUUCCCAAGGAAUUAUCUUCGAAAUUUGUGCAACUUAAUCCAGAUGAAGAGACUUUGAAAUUUUUGGACGAAAGCGAGAUGAAAUCUGAUUGGAUCAUGACCCAACUAUGGCAUAUGCUCGUGAAGGUGUUUUUAGGCUUUUUCAUGACUCAAACAUCAAUCAACGGAUGGCUAGAAAGGGGUUCGAUGUUUGUACUAUCGCACGAACAACUCCUAAAACUCCUCAGAGUUGAAGAAUCAAUCAAAUACGAGAGUCUGUUGGAUCUUGGUGCAGGAGACGGUAAAGUGACAGCACGUCUGGAUCCAAUUUUCGAGAAAGUCUAUGUAACAGAAAUAUCUGGCACAAUGAGGAAGCUGUUGCAAAAACAAGGAUACCAGGUUUUAGAGAUAGACAGCUGGCAUCAAGACAGAAAAUUCAACGUGAUAUCUUGUUUAAAUUUAAUAGACCGUUGUGACAAACCGCUAGACCUUUUGGAACAAAUAAAAUUAUCCUUACAACCUGAUGGUCUAGUGCUAAUGGCUGUUGUUUUACCAUUUUCGGCCUAUGUAGAAUCAGGGACCGACCACAAACCACAACAAAUUUUGCCAAUUAAAGGUGCUACUUUUGAGGAUCAGGUGCAAAGUUUAAUAAACGACGUUCUUACUCCUGCCAACUUUCAAGUGCUUUCUUGGAGUAGAGUUCCAUAUUUGUGUGAGGGAGAUUUGCAACAAUCGUACUACUGGUUAGAUGAUGUUGUUUUGGUGCUUAAAGUAUCUAGUGACCCCUCAUAAGAUUAUUUUGUAUUUACAAAAGUAUUUGUAUUAUUUAUCGUGUGGAAUAAAUUGUAACGUGUUUCGGGUUAAAUCUAACAAAAAGUGCAUUCUUUAUAUUAUCGCUAUUUCUUAUAUCAUUGGUUUAUUUUAUUAAUUUAUAGUAUCCAGAAUAAGACUGAUUAUGGACAUUUAUUUGAAACUAAUGUUUUGUUUUUUAAAUUUAUUGAUUAUGCUAACAAUUUUGUCAAAAAUAUAAUAUA